AUGGCGACGAGAGUGUCGCUCCUGCCGGUCACAUCCCGCGCGUUAUCUCUCGACCCGCCGAAUUCGUCCAAGCGCGAGGUUAAAUUCGGCGGCGGAUUUCCCCAUCCCCAUGAGAACGCCGCAGGAAUAGACGGGCACCGGCAAGGCCUGGGAACAACUUAUACCGAAACCCGAGGCGUUAAUAAUGAGAGCGGGAAAGGAGAAGCGGGGGGGACCGCUAGUGGAAGCGGUGCUUGCAGCAGCUUAACCGGGGUUGGCGGAGGACUCCUUAACGGGGUCGGAAGCGCCACGGGGAGUGCUCCCGGUGACGGAGGUCGAUCGGACGCGUGGUCGACUCUCCUAAGCCUGCCACGUCAGCCGCAGCAGAGCAGUCUCGGCCUUAAUUUCUCCCACGGGCUCUCGUUCUCCCCUGCACCGUCUCCCACGGCCAUGGGUUUCGCGCACGGUCUCUCCUUCACUCCCGCCGCCCCGCCCACGCCCGUGCCGCGAUCGUCGUCCCACGGGCUUUCGUUCUCCCCUGCACCGUCUCCCACGGCCAUGGGCCUUUCCUUCACUCCCGCAGCUCAUCCCACGCCCGUACCGCGAUCGUCGUCCCACCACCAUCUCAGUCAAAGCCACAGCAAGAAUCACAGUCAGAAUCACAGUCACAAUUACAGUUACAAUCACAGUAACGGUCAAAGCCCCAGUCACAGCACCAGUAGCACCCCGCCAGGAAGUGCUGGUGGCGGUAGCGGUGGUGGCGGCGGCGGCGGCGGUGGCGGCGGCCGCGGCGGUAACUGGCCGAUGUUCCGCGGGUUGGCGGCGCGGCACGCGUCCGCCGACUCGCUCCUGUCGCUCGCGUCGUCCGAAACCAGCAGCCUCGCGUCCUUCGCGACCGCGUCGGACCGCCUGGUAGAGCAGGAGAUUAAUCGGCGCGCCGCGUUAGACUUCGUCACGGAGCUAGCCGGCCCGCUGCAGCCCCCCAGCUCCCCCGCGCAUUCCCUUUCGGGGGAGCGCACCCCACCCGCUGGCGCAACCCUCGGCGCAACCUUCGGCGCAAAUCCCGGCGGAGCCUUGGCCUCUGGCGCAGCGCUCCUGAGCGCAAGUCUUAGCGGGGACCUUCCGAUUACCGCCAAUGAGCUCCCCGUGGCGGUGUUUGCGGUCGACCGCGACCUGGUGUGCGCGCUCUGGAACAGGCGCAUGGCGGAACUGACCGGAUGGGCGGAAGGGGAAAUCAUGCGACUGGGACGAUUCGCGGAGGGGAGGUUUGCGGAACGGCUCUUCCGCCCCGCCAGCGCCUCCGCGCCAUUCCGCCGAUGCGAGGACGUUCUCCGCGCCGCGCUCUUCGGCCGCGAUAUAGUCACGGCGGAGUUGCUUCUACUGAAGCGCGGCGGUAGCUGCGCGCGCGUGCGAUUAUUCGCCAGCGCGCGCACCGACGCGCUCGGUGCAGUUUGCGGCGCAAUCUGUGCCGUCAUUCCCGCGUCUUCUGGAGGCGGGGGAGGAUCGGCGGCCGCGCUGAGCGCAGCUUCCGCGCAUGGCUUCGACAUGGACGGCGGCGGCGGCGGCGGGAGCGGAGGCCGCUUGCCGCCAUUUGCGCCGUCGUUUGCGGCGGGCGAGACCGAGGAAUGGCUGCAGCGGAACGCGUCGGCGGGGAGUCUGUACGGCAUGCACUCCGUGGACGAGGAAUCCGUGGGCGACGACAGCGACGCGGCCAGCAGCUGCAGCGACCUUUACCAGCUCGGCUCCGUCCCGUUCGGCAGCAGCGCCAGUUGCGGCGGCAAUUCCGGCGGCUCCAGGCGCCACGUCAUGGAGCCCGUCUCCUCCAGCAGGCGCGCGAGCGGCAGCGGCGGCGGCGGCGGGGGGGUGCGCGGAGGUCACGCAAGCGCGUUGAAUGCGGGCGCGGGCCAAGACUCGGGCGCGGGGGCGGGAGUGGGGGUAACUGGGCGGAUUUCGUCGUCGUCGUCUUCUGAGCGACAUCUGUCGGGGAGGCUUUCAUUGGGGGAGAGCGAAGCUGCGACCGAAUCAGGGGCGGCAGGGGGAGCGGGAGGAGCGGGAGGAGCAGGAGGGGCGGGAGGGGCGGGUGAAGCGGGAGAAGAAACUUUGCCUUUGACUCUACCAGCUACGCCGCCAUCUGCGCCGCCAGUUGCGGCGCUAGUUGCGGCGGCGUUGCCUUCCCCUGUCAACGCGCCCACCCUCGUUGGUUUGGGCGCGGAAGGCGUGGGCGGGGGCGCGGGGGGAGGCGCGGGGGUUCACUUAAAGCCCUUACAAACGAAGCUAGCUAUCCGACGCUCGUGCGAGCUGCCGAAAUAUGCUUAUUCCUCUCUCACGGGCAUGCGCCGCAAUAUCAGCAGUGAUGCCCUCAAUAACGCGGACACGUCUCCAUCCCACCACCACUCCCACCGCUCAGCAUUCUCCUUCCAACCCGCCUCUAACACUUCCAACCACCCCACUUCCACUCUUUCCUUCUCCUCCUCCCUCUCCCGUCCGCUCUCCUCUCGGCCGUACCCCACCUCCUCCCUCUCCUCCCCCUUCUCCCACUCCUCCUCGCACUCCUCCUCCCCAAGCGUCGCCUCCCCAUCCUCGUUAGUGCAUGCUCUGAUAGCGGACGGAGUUACCACAGGGCGCAACGACCUGGCGCACCAGCUGGAACGGUGUGGGUUUGACGUUGUGAGUGCCACGUCAGUGCAGGAAGCUGCGUGGAAAUACGAGCAGACUGCCCUUCAUGGCUCUCUCCCUUCCCCCUUUCCUUCUGCUGCUCCUCCUCCUGCUCCCUCUGGCGCCACCUCAGCUGCUGGCGCUGCUGCAGCUACCAAUUCCGCUGCCGCCGCCGCCAGCGCUGGUGCCCCUCAUGCCGCCGCUGCUGCUGGUGGGAGUGGGGGAGUGCUUUUCUCCCUGGUGAUCCUAGACCUAGAGCAGGCUACGAGCAGGGCAGGGCAGUCGGCCAUUCGGGAUAUCCGGCGUGCCGAGCGGGCGCUGCUGUCUCGCCGCCUCACUCUCGGCACCGCCACACCUGUUGGCACUUCCGGCACUGCUGGUGCUGCUGGUGCUGCUGGUGCUGCUGCUGGUGCUGGGUUUGCUGGUACUGGGGCUUCUGCUGGUGGCGGAAUUGCCGCUGCUGAUGGGGACAUGAGGUCGUUGGGAGGUCUCAAGGUGCUGAGUGAAGAGGGCGAAGAGGACGAGGGGAGGAGUGAGGAGGGGAGGAGUGAGGUGAGCGAGAGUGCGAAGCAGCAAUUGGAGGGGGAGCAGGAGACGGUGCAACCACAAGAGCAAGCAACAGUGGAACCCUCUUCCCCCUCCACUGCAUCCUCCUCCCCUGCUGCUGCUGCUGCUGCUGCUUCUGCUCCUGCUGCUGCAGCAGCUGCUGCGUCAUCGCCCGACCGCACGCUCAUAGUGGUGGUUGCAGAUCUGAGCCGGUACGACCAGGUGGGGCUGGAUGCGGCAAUGGAGCAGUGUGUGCUGGCGGGGGUAGAUGCCUUUAUUCCCCGCUCCAUGCACCUGCAGCAGCUGCGGACGGCGCUUAGGAGGCUCGGGCUGCACAGCAAAUAUCUCGUGCUGCCCGCCUCGCUGCCCCGCGCGCAUUCUGCUGUGAAUGUUUCUGGUGUUGCGGACCUCUCUCUUUUCGACGCGGACGACGACGAUUUCCGCGAAGCUGCCGAAGUGCGGCCGACCCUCCUUUCCUCGAUCGCCCGCCCGGCUGCCCCUUCCGCGCAGUCCGCCGCCGCAACUCCCGCCGCACCCCCAGCCGUGACUCAUGCCGGGAUUCUCGCCGCAACGCCCGUUCUCGCGAUUUCCGAACCAGCCAAGCCAUCGCAAACGGAUUCUAUUCUCGGGGCUGCUCCGAAGCUGAUUGACAGUCAGGAUCGGGUUGGAGAGGCUCGGAAUGGAGAGGAUCGGAUUGGGAAGGGUGAGAUUGGCGGAGCAGGCGGAACAGGCGGAGGAGAAGCGGAGGUAGGUAGGGGAAGAGAGAGAGAAAGCGGUGCAGUGGGGGAGAGUGGGAUUGGAAAGGAUGCAGAGGAUGAAUUGGAUGGAGACGGCGGUGGGAGGGAAGAGACCGGGUUGGAUGGAGAAGAGGAGGAGACGAGUGGGUUGUCACACUUGGGAUCUGCUAAUGACGGAGCAGAUCCUAACGGGGCUGCUGCUACUAACGAGGGCGCAGAGGGGAUCGCCUCUACAGUGGGGAUUCCCCUUAAAGGGGCGAUUUCCGCAGCAACCCCAGACACAGGUUCCCUAAAGGGAGCACUGCAACAGGUAGAGGAGUUAAAGGCUGCUUUGGCCCGGGAAAAGGAUGGUAGAGUGGCCGCAGAGGAGCAGGCGAAACGGGCAGAAAGAAAAGCUUCUUGCGCGGCCGAGGAAGCUGCCCGGGCGGCGGACGGGCAGCGGCGAGCAGAGGCUGAACGGGCAGAGAUGGAAAGAACGAAAGCUGAGAUGCUGAAGAAGCUGCGGCAUAUAGUAGAGGAGGCUGUGAAGAGAAAGAAGGAGGCGGAAGAGGAGAAAACCGUUGCCGAAGCUGCCUCCGCAGCUGCGGUGAAGGAUCGGAACGAGGCUCGGAAGGAGCGGGACGAGGCUCGGGGAGAGAGGGACAGGGCCGUGCAGGAGAAAGAGCGAGCAGUUCGGGAGAGAGAGGUGGCUGUCAGUAAACUGGAGCGGCUUAUAAAGGAGCGAGAUGGAGCGGUUAGGGAGCGGGAGAGUGCGGUGAAAGAGAUUACGAAACGGUUGAGUGGUGAGAGGGACGCAGCGGUGAAGGAGAGAGAGGUGGCAGUGUUACAGAGGGGGGCGGCUGUGAGGCAUGUGGAGGCGGUGGAAGGGAGUGUGCGGCGUGCUGUGGGGAGAUUGGGAAGGGAAGCGGAGCGGGUUGAGAAGAUGUUUGAAGGGAUGUUUGGUGUGAAGAUUGGUGAUGGGAGGAAAAGCGAAGGGGAAGUAGAGGGAAGCAGCAGUACUGGUGGUGAUGGUGGUGGUGCAAUGAGUGUCACUGGCACCAGUCGUGCUAAGUCCGUGCGACGGCAGAGAGAGGAGAUGGAGGAGCGAGCAGUGGCAAUGGCUGUGGAGGUUUCACAAUUAGAAUCUGAUGUUGCUGAUGCGAAGAGAGAGGUUGAGAGAGUGAGAAAGGAAAGGGAGGAGGAGGUGGAGCGAGUGAGAAAGGAAGGGGAGAGGAGGGUUGAGGAGGGGAGGGUGGAGGGGGAGAGAUGGAGGGCGGCUGCUGAGGAGAGAGGAGACACCACUUUGUAUGCUCUUGUUCUCCAUGAAUGUCGUCCCGUUUGCAUGUGUGGUGGUGCAGGAGAGGGAGCUGGAGCUGUUGCAGCAGCAUUUGGAAGAGGAGAGGAGGGAGAGGAAGAAGGAGACGGAAAAGAGCAGGUGAGGGAGGGAAGGAGUGGGUUAGGGUCUCAAGAGAUGCAGGGAGGUGAAGGGGAGUGGGAGGGGAUGAGUAAGGGCCGGAGUGAGGUGCAGCAGGUGGAAGGGGCAUUGCGCAAGGAGAGGGAUGCCGGGAGACAACUGAAAGAGGCGUUGGAGGGGUUGCAGAGGGAGGGGGCGCGGGCGGCAGAGCAGAUCGCGGCACUACAGGCCAGCUUAUCAGAGUGUGAGGCGGAGGCGGGCCGAUGGCGAGAGGCUGCCAAGGAGGAGGCAGCAGCGGGCAGUGCAGUGGCUGAAGAGAUGGAGGAGAUGCGCGGGCAGGUGAGGGAAGGGCGUGGGGUUUCAAUCUUUUGGGAAGAAGGGCGGGUGGUGGGAGGUUGA